AUGGACGGCGGCGGCAGCAGCGGCCAGCAAGACUCGCCGCUGAGCAUCACUUCCAACAUUGUCGGGCUGCUGACCUUCCUCGUGGCGAUUGCGGCGGCCGCCUACGCGCGCGUCGCGUACCUGCGCAACAGCGACGACGAGUACUUUCGCGUCAAGGCCUCGCUGUCGUGGUACAAGACCGAGUCGCGCUGGCUCUCGGACCUGCUCACGGCGCUGUACGUCGAGCACCACCAGCUGCUACGCCGCCAGCAGGAGAAGCACGGCACUCACGGCCAGGUCGGCCCGGGUGACGUGCCGCCCCGCAGCACCGAGUUCGAGAUGUACUCUUUCGUCAUGGACGACCUGCUCAACCUGGAGCAGCGGCUGCUGGACCUGGUGACUGAGGUGGAGGACAAGGUGUCGCGGGGUAGCCAGGGCGGCUUCACGCUGGUGCGCGGCGGGCGGCGCGCAGGCCUCCCGUCCGUGGGCAUGGCGUGGCUGCCGGUGCGGACCAAGGCCCUCGAGCUCGUCCGGCAGCGCGAGGCCCUGACGGCGAGGGUGCAGUUUCUGCAGAUGAGCAUGAUGUCGUCGCGGCUCAGGGACCUGGAGGCGAGGACCAAGUGGGCGGAGGCCAAGUUUGAGGAGGGCCUGAUGAACGGCGACGCCCAGCACCGAGGGUGGAUGAAUGGAACCCAUGUACCAGUCCGGGGCAGCCGCUGA